AUGUCUUUUUGGUGCGGGAUCCUAUUUGUGAUAACGGCAAGCUUCUCGCUGAACGUCCUGUAUCACGACCUGUUUGCCGGCUGGCCGCAGGGGUAUGCAAUCCCGAAGCGUUUGUUGGGGUCUGUCCACCAGCCCAUGAGAAAUGGGGCAGUUCUCAGGGACUUCGGCAUGGAGUUCAUCAGUCCCCCGAUGUUCAACCUCCACCACCCUUUCACUGCACUCUUGCCUGCCAAACAAGCAUUAGAAGUUCAAGUUGAAGUAAAACAAGAAGAAACAUUAACAGGAACAGAUUUGGAACCUCGUGUAGAAACUGGCCUGGCAGUUACAGAGACUGGACUGACUGUCCUAGAAACUGGACUAUCAGUUGUGGAAAGUUUUAAAAUAACAUCACUUUGGGGUGAAGAUAAUGAAGAAGAUAUGAUCAUAAGAAAUGAACUGUCAGGUGAAUCUUUCCAAACAUGCCCUGCAAAGGAUGCUGAAUCAAUCAAACCAAAGCCAGUGGUGAAGGAAGAGCGUGACAUGUCUGUCAGUGAAGUCAUCAGUCUAGGGGAGUCUAAAGAUACUUCUGCAAAGUAUGAAUCUGCUACAUCAGAGAAAGAGUUCUACAUUGACCAUUCAACAUUUCCAUUCCACCUGGAGCAUGAUGUCAUUGUCGUACUGGUCGCUCAUUUAACACUUGUCAUCUCCGUUCUACUUUUAGGUUGCAGGAGCUUGCAUGUACAAAAGCGUGUCAUUAGCAAUGAUGCUGAUGUGGAAGAACUGAUUGUCACUGUUGGUUUAGUCAGCUGUAUAACAGUUGCACUGGUUGCACUGUUGGGGGCCACCAUAAUUUUAUUCAUUCGUAUAUUGUUAGCAAAGUUCCCAUAACUCUACUUCACCUUUCUGAAGCAAUAAAUUGUUUAGUUGCCACCAUACAGCUUCAAUUAUUUUUUGGUUUAUUUAUAGCAGGAUGUCACAGCAAGUGAGAAAACUUUUUUUUUGGAAACAUUAGGAGCACAAAUGCAAGAAUCUAUAGGAAAGUAGUUGGUUUGGUAUUAAGUUUUAUUUCACACAUACAUCUCUGGUUAGGUUAAAUUGAGGAUUAAGGACUUCUUCCAGAGACUCCAAACACAAGAUCCAGGGUGAGCCUCCACUGGAGUACUGAGGAAGUCCUGAACUGUCAGUAGUAUCUUCAUUCAGAUAUGUUAAAUUAAGCCCUCAUCUGUACUCUCCGGUGAACAGAAAGCCAACCAUGAAUUUUCCACUAAUCCCAUCAACUCCCUCCAUACUCUACCAAUUGACCGAUCCAAAGAGAAAUAUAGUGUUCAAUUAAACUCCCAACCUGCACAUCUUUGGAAAGUGGGUGGAAACUGAAGCUCCCAGAAGGAAACAAAACACAGCCUGAGGGAGGACUUGUAAACUCCAAAGGCAGCACUGGAGGACAGGAUUGAACCCAGGUCACUGGAGCUGCUAAGCAGCAGCUUUACUAACUGCACCACUAAUGUAUUUUCAACUGGAUGUGGCAGUACUGUCAAUAGCAUGCUGUGUCUGCAUUAUUAGUUAUCUUUUGUUAUAAUGUGCAACCCAACAACCAGGAAUUUGUAGAUUGUGGAGGAUCACAAUUAAACUGCUGGCUUGCCCAUAAUCCAUUGUAAAUUACAGCUAUGUGGUUUUAAUUCUAUUUAGAUUCUAUCCUAUUUAGCACAUAGUUGGGUAUUACUGUGUAUCCUCAGCGCUGAAAUCAUAUUGUAAAACUUUGUCGGCUAUAUGGAUGGUCACUCCUUGCAGUCGGCAUAGACAGACCUAAAUGCAGUCUGUAGCUUGACAAGAACAAAGUCAGGCAGCUUUCUCCCCACCCAGUUCGGUUCUCCCAGCAUUUGCUGCAAUUACAGUCAGAGCUAUGUAAUUAUGAGCUCAGCAUGCAGUGGUGGCAGUAAG